AUGCAGACAGCUGCGCCCGCCGCGGUCGUUGCUUCGCCUCCCCCUACGCCAGCCGCGCCGGUCGUUGUGCCGGUUCCCGCGGUCGCUGCACUGGCCGCGCAGCCGGCUCAAGGUGCCUUCAUCGUCAUACCGCCUCCGCCCGCCGCGCCAGCUCUGCCCGCCCCUACCUACCUCCCGCCAAUCGUCCAGGUACUCGCUGGUCUCCCUAACCCGCCAUACAACAUCAUAUUGCCUCCUAUCGUCGCACACCAACCCCCAGUGGUCGCGCACCAGCCUCCGGUCGUUGCACACCAGCCUCUGAUCGCCGCAAACCAGCCGGCGACAACGCAGAACCCCAAGAUGCGGCUUGACUUCGUCAUGAUCAUACCCGUCUCCACUCGCAUUCCUUCGUCGCCGUUCAUUCCGUUUCUCGGCUAUGCAACUAUGGUUUGCCGCGAGAUAGCGAUCAGCUCCUAUAAUCACCUUGCUAAGAGUUAUCGCGACAUUCACCGGCUCGACUUGCUCAGCGGCAAGAUUAUCGUGAUCAGCUCCCAACAACCUGCACGAGGUGUUAGACGAGAAGCGGUUCUGCAAGGUCCCUCCGUGCGGCACUAA